UUAGCUAGAGGUUCUCUCGAACCCCUGCGAACUCCCAGCAGCCCACCCCUGCUGCCAGGUUUUCUGUGCCUUUUUCUCCUUCUACCUUGCACAAAUAUACCAAUAAUUGCAGACUUGACAGCUGCAUUGAAGGAAUGAAACAGUCCUGUGAAUUAAACCCAGGUUCGAAGAUGUCCAUGUUGCAUUCAUGGCAACAAAAUGAAACUGUUGCACUGCUAUCCUCUGUGACUUAUUUUCCCCAUUUUACACCAGUGAAAUUCAAUACAGCCCUUGGUGUUCUCUUCAAAUACUCUUCAAGUACCGGAAAAAUACUGUACCACUUUGGUAUAGUUCCCACAAAGGUGCAACUAAACAAGGGUUUAAUGCUCCUUGGGCCUGCUAGAUGAUGACUCCUAGGAUGGAUGGAGAUCUUCUGUCCGAUUUGUCCUUCUGUUGGAAGAUAAAGCUUUGUGUCCUAGACCAAAGACUGGUUCCAUGGAGAGGUUUUUCUGAGGACCACAGGGGCCAUGGUUUCACGGGGGUUGGGAAUUCAUGUCCUUGAGUAGACAACUAGUGGUUCUCUUUGAUGGAGCCAGUUAUCCUAAAGCAGGGGUGUCCAACCGUGGCAAUUUUAAGGCUUGUGGAGUCUCAGAAUUCUCCAGCCACGCUGGCAAAUUAAAAUCCGUAAGUCUUAAAGUUGCCAAGGUUGGAUACACCUGUUCUAAAUUGGGGAGGAGGCUGACUUUCAAGCCAGGGUUAGGGUUAGGGUUAGGGUGCAUAAGAGCACCAGCGUGCCUACCGUUCCUGUCCAAAUGUUCUCCUUGAUUGUAUCCAUUUUGUAUGGUUAUUUCAUGCUUAUACGUAUAUAUACCGUUGUGUUUGACAAAAUAAAUAAAAUAAAAAAUAAAAUAAAAUAAAGGUCAGACAGCUGGAAUGAAGGCAGUGAGAUGUCAAUAUGACUUUUUGUAUGCUGUUUAUACAACAGGCUUCACACUAAUCCGUGUUCCACUUUGCACAAUGCUUGGCGUUAACCAGGUAGGUUAGGUUCUUAGGCAGAAAAAAAAUGAGCUAAGGUUAAAACCAACCAAGCCUAGCAUUAUGUAAGUAAGAGUUCAGUGUAAGUAUGUUAUGUGGCUAUAGGAAAACUGUACUUUGACAACUGCUUUAAGAAAAGUGUGAGUGAAAUAAUCCCACCCAGGAAAUAUUGUUUGGUAGUAACCCUUUUUUCCUUUAGUCAAUAAGUUCACACUUCGUCUACACUAUGUUGAUAUGGCCAUGGUUUCUUUUAUAACCACAAUUGCGGUGUUCAAACAUUGUGAUAUACUUUAGAAACUACCAUGGAUGAGUUCAUGCAUGCUUAAUCAGAAGACCCCAUCUAACCGCAUUAUUGUUUAAUUUGUUCUUGGGUUCAUCUGAAUGUUUCAUGAACUCUGUCAACUGGGGUUUAUCCAAUAAGCCAAACUUAAGCAUUAUGAAUGCUUACAUUUAGCUUACUGGAAAGCUCAGCAUUAUGAAUGAACCCUGUCAGACACUUAGUCCCCAAAGACUAUCUACUGUUGACCUCACCCCAUUCCUAAGAGGUCUGUAAGGGGCGUGCAUAAGAGCACCAGCAUGCCUACCGUUCCUGUCCUAAUGUUUCCUUUGAUUGUAUCCAAUUCGUAUGGUUAUUUCAUGCUUAUACUUAUAUAUACUGUUGUGUUUGACAAAUAAAUAAAUAAAUAAAAAUAAAAUUUCUUCCUCAUAGUCCUGAUGGUCCAUUUAAUUCAACCUGAUCUUGACAUCUUAUCCAGAUUCCACCAGUUGACAUGCUUUAUACUCCGAAUUAGAUCAACUCUUGAUAUUAACAAAUCCUUAUAAAUGUGAUUCGACAGGAUUUAGCCAAUGUGACGAACCAUUAAUUAAUUAAUUCACAAGAUAAACAAGCCAAAGAGCUGCUUUUGCAGGAAGAGAACUAGGAGUAAGCUUCAAUCAGAAAUAAAAAUAGACUGAUGUGGUUUUCAAAUAUAAAAUUUACAAGUGGAAAUAAAAGAGGGUUUUUUUUCCCUUACGGAUGAUUCCCUGGUCUUGGCCAUGGAAUUUAGCAAAUAAUAUUCUUUAUUGGAGUCAGCCAAGGCUUUUUCUGGCAUGAUGAACGAGAGGUUAUUCUCACAAAGUACAAAUGGAAGAUUAAUGAUUGAUGGCUCGAGAGCGCACAGCUCGGAUUUGGGCAGGGUAAAGGAUUCCCUCCUGUAUAAAGGCAGCCAUUGCCAGGAGAUGCCCCACUGGCCUUUCCCAAUAGGAAGCACACAGUGGCGUUGCCGACAUGGCGUUUAAUGGUACCUGGCAAGUCUACACCCAAGAGAAGUAUGAAGACUUCCUGAAAGCAAUUGCCCUAUCAGAUGAUAUCAUUAAAAUCGCCAAAGACAUCAUGCCCAUAACUGAAAUCCAUCAGACUGGGAAUACUUUUGUGAUCACCUCGAAAACCCCCAACAAAUCUGUUACGAACACAUUCACGUUGGGAAAAGAAGCAGAAAUGACCGCCAUGGAUGGGAAAAAAGUCAAGUGCACAGUAACUCUCACAGAUGGAAAAUUAAUAGCCAAGUCAGACAAAUUCACCCACGAGCAACAAAUUGUAGGCAAUGAAAUGGUGGAAACUAUCUCCUGCGGCUCAGCCACAUUCACCCGAAGGAGCAAGAAGAUUUAAACCAAAAGGAAGAGGACUUUAUUAUUAUUUUUUGUAGGUGCUUUUGUACAUGAGACAUUAAAAAAGAAAAAAAACCACUGUCCAUAUCAGUUCAUGUUUCCUUUUAUUCAAAAAUAACAGAUGUUAGAAUGACCAAGCAUAUCCUUUUAUUCAUUUUCACCCAUUUUCUUCUACUUAUGACUGUAACUUUGUUGCCUGUAUCCUUACGAUUUAUACUGAUAUUGUUUCCUGAUUGCUUAUUUGUACCCUAUGACUAUCAUUAAGUGUUGUAAAUGUUGUACCUUGAUGAACGUACCUUUUCUUUUAUGUACCCUGAGAGCAUAUGCACCAAGACAAAUUCCUUGUGUGUCCAAUCACACUUGGCCAAUAAAGAAUUCUAUUCUAUUCUAUCCUAUUCUAUUCUAUACUGAAGAAAAAGUAGAAA